AUCAAAAGCAGGAUGUCUUUCAGGAAGAAAGACUUCUGCUGAAGCUGGAGACGUGUAUGCAGAUUUACAGUUGGGACUGUGGACUGGCCUGCUGUUGUAUGGUGCUAAGAUAUUUGGGAAAAGAUGAUUCCUGUGUUUAUACCAGUGAUCUGGAUGAACUUCAGUGUGGUCAAAGUAUAUGGACCAUUGAUUUGGGAUAUCUUUUACUUAAGUACAAAGUCAGGGUAGAAUUCUCCACGAUUACUCUGGGGGUGGAUGACCAAUAUGCCAGAAAGCCAUUCUAUAUGCGUAAUUUUGACAAAGAUGCUGAAAGGGUUGGCAGAAAGUUUGCUGAGGCUUCCCAAUCAGGACUUGAUGUUUCCAAAAGGUCUUUAAGCAUGAAAGACAUAAUAAGUCACCUAUCAGGGGGCAAUCUGAUGAUAUGCCUGGUUGAUUGGAGCUCACUUGAGUGUAUGUGGUGUGACAGGGUGAAGCAGCAUUGUUUAAACUGGUGUGGGCAUUGUUGCAAAACAUAUCAGGGUCACUAUGUUGUGGUGUGUGGAUUUGACUUGAAAAAGAAAUGGAUUUUUUAUAAAAAUCCUUCCUAUGAUGAGGAUAUGUGCUGUUCCCAGAUGGACAAGUUUGACAAAGCUCGCAAGAGCCAUGGAACAGAUGAAGACAUACUGCUCAUAUACAAACCACAAAGUAAGGGGGAAGACACCCUCAGAUCCUAGAUCAAUGAGAGGACCUUAUUGCUGUCCAUACCCUUUAAGUAUAUGCAUUCAUUCCCCCCUAUGUACUUUAUGUAGUUAAAUUUGUCUCAACCCCCAUUUUUUUAAGUAUUAAAAACUUGUUAAUUUUUUCUCCUGAGGUAUCAUUUUAGAAAUGUGCUCAAAAUGUAUUUGAAACUUGAGAAGUAUUUGAAAAGAUCUAACUUUACAUCUUAACUUGAAAUGAUAUAAUAGA